AUGAAUAAUUUGGAAGCAUCAACAACAGUCCCGAAAUAUGAUCAGGAGGAAGCUGCUGAAAGAAUAUUUGAUAUGAUCAAAGAAAAAAAUGCGGAAGAAGUGUUACAAAUUCUGAAGAGUAUGCGUAUUCCACUUGAUUAUACCGAUAAGACUGGCAUGUCACUACUUGAUCAAGCGAGUUGGUCAGGUCUUGAAGACGUAGUUCGAUUUCUGUUAGCAAAUGGUGUUGAUCCGAAUAACAGUACUCAUGACUCUGGUUAUAAAUCUCUCAUGUUUGCAGCAAUUGCUGGGCAUCAAGGCAUAUGUCAAUUAUUACUAGACUACGGUGCACAUGUUUAUUCAACGAAUGCAAUUGGCAAAACAGCCGCAGAAAUGGCAGCUUUUGUUGGACAACAUGAAUGCGUUAGUAUUAUCAACAAUUAUGUAGCACUGGAUGAAAUCGAGAAGUUAUUACAUCCUAAAGGGAAUGAUAGUGAUGAAAUUUAUUCGAAAGAAUUUUCCCGAGCAUUACACGAUUUGAUUAAAACCCAUAUAAUACAUCCUGUUUGGGUUAUGCUUUUCCUGCGUGAUCAUUAUCAACUAAUAUGGCAACAUCGUCAGAAAUUUUGUUAUGUUUUGGAUAGGAUUUUUGAAAGGCAAUUACGAUGCAAAGAAUCAAAUGAGGUCAUGUCAUUAAAACUGUGGUUAAUUUUAUAUACUGUACGAGAUACGUGCAAAUUUGUGGAGACAGCUUUGGAAAAGGAAGGGCAUAAAGCAUCAACAAUAAUUAGAAAUUAUAUAAAGCAAUUGUUGAAAAUGGAACAAACUUAUCGGAUACGACCAAAUUUAGAACGCUAUCUAAGGAAUGCUGUUCAGGCAUUUCCAUAUCAUCACUGCUUACUUUUUCAGGCACUCAUCAAAAAUCUUGCGGCUGUUGAAUUUGGUAGUUUACCGGAUGCAUUUUAUCUGAUAAUGUCGGUGUUUUCGGGGCAACGAAUGGUAGAAACGUCUCAUUUUUGUGCAACAUGUGGUGCUGUUACUUCCACUAAGCGGUGCUGUAAGAAUACAUAUUAUUGUCAUCCUGACUGCCAAAAAAUUGACUGGUGUAAUCAUAAAAUGUUUUGCGAAAAGGUUUACAAAGGAAAGCAAGGUGAGAAACGGAGAUGUUCUCUAAGGGAUAGUGCAGCGUCGAAAACAAUCGUACAAAAUGAAGGAAACACAUCGAGUGAUGGAAUUAUACGAGAUGGACAAUCGAAAGAUAAGCAUGUUGAAAAAGUUGCCUCUGCACUUGCUGAUAUUAAGUUCACUUGA